AUGCCGUCUUCGCAAUCCCUAGCCCGCACCAGCACAUCAUCAUACUACAGACCCGCGAUCACCACCGAUUACGCUGGAUUAUACUUAUCAACACCCUCUAUUUGCACGAUCAAAUCAAUGAAAAAGAGACAUUCACCCAAGUACGAACACAGAGUGCCGCUGGCCACGUGUUUUGAACUUCCUUUGUGCGAUAGAGGAAAACGCACGGCACACAGCCUCCAUGCCCAGGAUCCUAGCAGUGUUGGCAUUUCGCUACCAAGACAACCACUGUGAUUUACCGAUUGGAUAUGACACCUUCCGACAGCAGCUUUUGUGGACGCAUAACAUGGUUUGGAUUCCUGCACACGUGUAUGCUCAGUCGUAUCGUAGACGUGUGGAUUGAUACUCAAGUGAUGGUGUGAGCAGUAGUAGGUAAAGUCCAUGUGUAUUGUUACGUGAAUGCUGAUUGGCAUACAUGUCUUUGUAAGCUCGUUCCAUUGGUUUCUUGGAGAGUCAUCAAUGGUCUUGGCGGCGACGAGUAUCUGCUUAUCUCGUAUAUACUGUGGAGCAGUGCUUGGU